AAGAGGAGGGGUCUGGGUGGUCCAGACAAUCAGUCCUUGUGUACCUCACACACACGCAUUAUUAAAAAGAAGACUAGCUACCUCCCCGGUCUCCCUCACCGCCUGACUGCGCGAUCAUAACACCAUAGCCGCUCCACUUUUUACUGCACUUUUUUCUCUGAUGAAGCAUGCUUUAACGUCACAAAAGGAUAAGCCCUCUACUCGAUAAAGGAGCGCACAUUUGGAAACAUUUAUGACCACUAAAGGGAAGCAACGAGCACGGAGCAUCAUGAGAACACUCCUGCUACCAACAAGGGAGGACCUGAUGUGGAUCCAUGAGUCUAAAUGAAGUGGUUCCGCCAUGCAAUGUUCCUGGAAGGCAGUGAUCCUGCUGGCCUUGGCCUCCAUCGCCAUCCAGUACACAGCCAUCCGCACACUCACCUCCAAGCCUUUCCAGUUGUGCACAUUGCCCAGCCCACAUAAUUGCGGUCUGGGGGAUCAGGAGACCGAAUCUCCCUUUGAACGGGGGGCAGGAGGCUGCGAUGAUUACCCUUUCUUUUACGUUAAUGCAAGCCGCAAAACCCACAUCUUGGUCUUGGCCACCACUCGUAGCGGCUCCUCCUUUGUUGGCCAACUUCUCAACCAGCACCAAGAGGUUUUUUACCUGUUUGAACCUCUUUAUCAUGUCCAGACCACAUUGAUGCCCCGUCUGUCCCACAGCCACAACUCAGCAGACCGCCGUGUGAUGCUGGGGGCUAGCCGAGACCUAUUGAGAAGUCUGUAUGGUUGCGACCUAUAUUUCCUAGAGAGCUACAUCAAACCAACACCAACAAACCACACCACAGACAAACUUUUCCGCCGUGGUGCGAGCCGGGCGUUGUGCCAGCAACCUGUAUGUGAUGCUUUUGGCCCAGCUGAUGUUAAUGUAGAAGAGGGGGACUGUGUUAAGAAAUGUGCACUCCUUAACUUGACCUUGGCAACUGAAGCCUGUCGGGAUAAACAACAUGUGGCCAUCAAGACUGUCCGUGUGCCAGAGAUUGGGGAUUUGCGCGCCUUGUUGGAGGACCCCAGAUUGAAUAUCAAAGUGAUCCAACUUGUCAGAGACCCUCGUGGUAUCCUAUCAUCCCGGAUUGAGACAUUCAGGGAUACAUACCGGCUGUGGCGUAUAUGGAGGGCCACAGGGCGAAAGCCCUACAAUCUUGACUUGAGUCAGCUCACUGUUGUCUGUGAAGACUACCGAAGCUCUGUUUCUACUGGUCUUAGCCAUCCCUAUUGGUUGAAAGGGAAAUAUAUGUUGGUUCGCUAUGAAGAUUUGGCUAAAAAUCCACUCCCCAAGACGAAGGAGAUCUAUGACUAUCUGGGGCUGCCCAUGGAUAAAAAUGUGGAAGACUGGAUUCUUGCAAACACUCAUGGCAGCAAUGAGCCAUCAGCAAAACACAAAUUUGGUACUUUACGAGACUCCGCAGCUAAUGCAGAGAGUUGGCGCUUGAAACUGUCUUAUGACAUGGUAGAAUACACUCAAACCGUGUGUCAGAAGGUUCUCCAACAAUUGGGAUACAAGGCUGUGAGGUCGGUCCAGCAACUGAAAAACAUGUCUAUCUCGCUGGUGCAAGACAAAACCUUUGUACCCUUUUUGUAACAAAAGAUAGUUCUCAAAUGACUAUUUUUUUAUAUAUUUAUAAUUGUUGCCUUAUCAUGUCAUUGGUUGGUUUGUUUUUAGUUUGUCUAUUCAAAGUUGCACUAAAUGAAAAUUUGAAUGCACGAAGGGACGAUAGAUGAUCCCCAAAUGUUAUGAACAGCACAUUUAAAACACUAAAUAAUCAAACAAGCUAGUUUACAAAUGUGUCAUAUAUGUUUUCCCCAUUAACAGGACAUUAUCGUCAUUCACUUUGUGUAUGCAGGUAAAAUGUUGCCCUUCAAAAAAUGUGUUGGUACAUGGAAUGAGUUAUUGUUUCUUUUACGAGCAUUUACAAAAUUGUGCAAUAAAUAGUGAAUGUUGCAGUCAGA